GUUUACAAACAAAUAAAUACGCUCUGAUGGCUCUAAAACUUGACUAAAAUACCAUAAGUACAAAUUAAAUUCUGGAAAGCUUGUUCAGUGUUAUUGUUUUUUUUUAUAAUUUUAACUUGCUCCAAAUAUAAACUAAAGUCUCGUGUCACAGACAAGGCAGAAACAAUGUCCAUGCUAAAGCGUGUCACUAAAACAAAGAAUUCCUCUAAGGUACCAGAAAAACUUAAUAUUUGCAAUACCGCAAAUACGGAUAGCGAGGUCUGUUGUAUCCUUUGUCUUAGAAAAUGUAAUUCAAAGCAAACAGUGAGCUUCUCAAGUAUUCCGAGUAUUACCAGUCAGGAUGCAUUGCAAUGCAGGUUGCAGCUGCAAACUAUCUUUAAUCUUAGUUUAAACUUAGAAGAAUUUGCUACCUGUCGAACAUGCUGGAAACUGGUGGAACUAGUUUUAGAAUUUCAGCAGUGUUGUCUAAAUGCCGAAAUGUGGCCGAAUAGUUACGCUACGGGAUUGAAGCACGCAGGUUACCAGCAAGAAUCGGACACCUGGUUAGAGGACGAAACACUCGAAAUGAUUUCACGAGUACAUCUACUAGUUCAAAGGCACAAUAAAUACAUCCUAAGAGAAAAACUAUUUACUGAAAGCGAUACUUCUGUGUCAGUAGAAACCGUUAAAGUUGAGCUGUGCGAUACCGACGAAGAUGUGUCGUCUAAAACUGCUGAUGCGGAAGGUCGAAACAUCUCGCAAGAUGACGUUAACUUGGAGCUUGAACAUGAAACUUUCAGUCCCAUGACAGAUGGACCUGCUAUGGAUGUGAAGGCAUGUGCUACAUGCAAUCGAAAAUUCGACACAAUAAUUGGGUUCAAAGUUCACUCCAAACGUUGCAAAGGCCUUAACCAGGAUGAAUCAAACUAUGUUGACUGUCCAAUUUGCUCGAUUUCAUUCAAAUAUCAUAGUGCGUUGAAAUACCACAUGAAUAAACACAAAGGAAUUAAACCUUACAAAUGUCGUAAAAAAUGUAGGAAAAGUUUUUACAACGCGACGGCAAGACGGAAACACGAAUUAUGCUGCGAUUCGGAUGUGCAAAUCUGUCCCAUAUGUGGUGACCAGUUAAAAACACAAUUUACAUACGCUAAUCACAUGAAUCACGCUCAUGGAGAGGCCCGCAUUGACUGCGAAAUUUGCCAGAAAAAGUUCAAAUCAAAGAAGAAACUUCAACGGCAUAUGCUAGUACACACGAAUGUGCGGAACUACCCUUGCAAUGUUUGCAAUAAAGCGUUCAAAUCGUCCUAUGCAGCCAAUGUGCACCAAAGGAUACACACACAGGAGAAGCCAUUCGUUUGUGAGAUUUGCGCUCAAGGCUUCACAUACAAAUGCUCACUAAAGACUCAUGUCAACCGUGAACACGGUUUAACUCAACCUUAGAAUCGAAACGGUGGAAACUUGAUAUUUACCAAAAACCAGAAGCUAUGUCCGUAUGAUUCAAAGUAAUGUUCAGCACAAAUUUAGAGAACCUCCAUGAUUUUGAUUCGAUUUGCAAUCGAAAAAUACCCAUCACAGUCACCU